AUGGAAAAAAAUGAUAAAAAAGAUGUUACAUUAUUAUUAGGUAAAAAACUAUUACUAGGAUGGACAAUGUUAAAUGACGUUUGUAAAGAUUGUGUUAUUGUGCCAUUGGUAGAAGAUAAAAAGAAUAAUGUCAUAUUGUGCGUAUCCUGUGACAGAACCCUUAAAAGAGACGAAAAAAAGAAUAUUGUAGAAGAUAAAUUAAAUAUUCAUAAAGAUUCAAACGAUAUUAUUAAUAUAGUUUCAUCAACUGCCUCAACCCCAAUACCAUCCCCAACAACCAUUGAGGAUAUUAGCAAAAAAGAUAUCGAAAUGAAAGAUCAAACUGAUAAUAAUAAUAAUAAUAACAAUAACAAUAAACCAAUUUCAAAUAAAAACAACUAUUCAACAUCCUAUUAUGACGACUAUGACGAUUAUGACUAUGACGAAGAUAUCGAACCAUUGACCGAAGAAGAAAAAAUAUUAAUCGAAAAAAAAAUUAAGAAAUCUGACGAAUUUAGUUCAAAGAUGGGUGAAUUUUUAUUAAAAGGCUGGACUCUACUUUCUGAUAUAUGUCCAAAUUAUGACUGCUUUGGAGUUCCAUUAUUAAAAGAUAGGGAAAAAAGAUUUUAUUGUGUAUCAUGUCAACAAUCAGGUUUAAAUGUUGGUGAUUUAAAAAUAAAACAACAACCACAACAACCAACACAACAACCACAACCACAACCACAACAAUCACAACCACAAGUACCACAGCAAGUACCUCAAUUAACACAACAACAACAAAAAUCAAUAGUAACACAAAACGAUAUAUCAUCAGAAACUAUUGAAAAUAAAGUUAAUAUUACACCAAUUAAAUCCAACAACACCAAUCCAAUAAAUCACUAUAGUAACAUAUCACCUCCAUACCCAGAGCCAGAUCAAAAAAAACAAAAAAUGGUAGCACCAUUCACACCAACACAAAAUAAACAUAACAAUUCAUUUUUAUCACAAACAUCAUUCACCUCAACAAAUUCAUCCAUUAUCAACGAAGAAAUUCAAGAGUUACCAGAUUUCACCGAUCACACAUUAAAAAUAUUAUUCGAAAAACUUAAAGAUGCCCAAACACAAUUAGUCCAAACAAACAAUGUACAAUAUUGCUCUUUAAUUAGAGAAUACAGUUUAACAAUAUCAUCACUUUUAGAAAUGAAAAAGAAUUGGAUAUAA